CCAUUGGUCGAAAACAAAAACUGAGAUUUGGGUUGCCACUGUCCACGAGGCCCCAUAGUAACACACACAACACAACCAUUAUGGCUACGUUGGCACAACCGUGUUCUUCAUGGACCCGCGGUUCCAUUCCUAUUGGGAAGCGCAUCCCACGACGUCGUUUCAGCAGCAGAACCAGCCUCACACACAUGCGCCUCAACCCCCAGGCUGCUCUGGUCCAAGCAGUGCCUUCAAGCACACUUUCUUCACCCAGAGAUGGCUCCUCUCAGGUCCUGACCCUCCCAGUGGACCGUGCCAAUGAGUUGCAAGCCGAGGCCAGAGCCAUGGCUCGUGCUUCCAAUGCCACUCUCUACACCCCCCAACUCGUUGCCUCCAAAUAUGGGUCCCAACCCUUCAAGGUGGUUCAAAGGACCAUUGAGAUUCUGGUUGCCUUGGGUUCUUUUGGGCUGAAGCUAUUGUUGGACCAGAGGAAUGGAGUGCUUGAUCAGAAUAGAAGAGUUCGUGCAGCUGAGCUCAGGACCAUAUUCACCCGGCUUGGUCCAACUUUUGUGAAAUUGGGUCAGGGGUUGUCCACCAGGCCUGACAUAUGCCCACCAGAGUAUUUGGAGGAGCUUUCUGAGCUUCAAGAUGGUUUGCCUACAUUUCCUGAUGAGGAGGCCUUUGCAUGCAUUGAGAAAGAACUGGGACUAUCUCUUGACUCCAUCUUCUCUUCUAUAUCACCAUCACCCAUAGCAGCAGCUAGUUUGGGUCAAGUUUAUAAAGCUCAGUUGAAGUAUUCUGGGAAACUCGUGGCUGUGAAGGUGCAGCGCCCUGGUAUUGAGGAAGCUAUAGGAUUGGAUUUCUACUUGAUAAGAGGUCUAGGGCUUUUCAUUAAUAAAUACGUGGACAUAAUCACCAGUGAUGUUGUUGCACUUAUUGAUGAAUUUGCACGUAGAGUUUUUCAGGAACUCAACUAUGUGCAGGAGGGACAAAAUGCAAGGAGGUUCAGAAAAUUAUAUGCUGACAAGGAAGAUAUCUGUGUCCCUGAUGUUUUCUGGGAUUAUACAAGUGCCAAAGUAUUGACAAUGGAGUGGGUUGAUGGAGUCAAAUUAAAUGAGCAAGAAGCAAUUGAGAGACAAGGAUUAAAAGUCUUGGAUCUGGUGAACACAGGCAUACAGUGCAGCCUCAGACAGCUACUUGAGUAUGGAUAUUUCCACGCAGAUCCUCAUCCUGGGAACCUUUUAGCAACACCUGAGGGAAAGCUUGCUUUCCUUGAUUUUGGGAUGAUGAGUGAGACUCCAGAAGAAGCAAGAUUUGCCAUAAUUGGUCAUGUUGUUCACAUGGUUAACCGGGAUUAUGAAGCUAUGGCUCGUGACUACUAUGCUCUUGAUUUUCUGUCAGCUGAUGUUGAUGUGUCACCAAUUAUACCAGCGCUUCGAAGCUUUUUUGAUGAUGCACUUAAUUAUACUGUGAGUGAACUUAACUUCAAGACACUAGUGGAUGGUCUGGGAAACGUUUUGUAUCAAUUUCCAUUUAAUGUCCCAGCAUACUAUGCUUUAAUAUUGAGGUCUCUCACUGUUUUGGAAGGUUUAGCACUUUAUGCUGAUCCCAAUUUUAAGGUGCUUGCGGCUUCAUACCCAUAUUUUGCUAAGAGGCUCUUAACAGAUCCAAACCCAUAUCUAAGGGAUGCUCUUAUAGAGUUGCUUUUCCAGGAUGGGAAGUUUAGGUGGGGUAGACUUGAAAACCUGCUUGUCCAGGGGAGAAUGGACAGAGAUUUCUCUGCUAAAGAGGCUUUACAACCUGUCCUGAAGGUGUUAUUGAGUCCAGAUGGUGAAGAACUCAGGACUCUAGUAAUCAAAGAAGCUGUUUGUGUAACUGAAGCUUUCACUCUUAGCACAAUUUCUGAUACAUACAAGUCAGUUCCUGAUUUUAUGAGGGUUCUUGUUUUCAAUGGCAAUGCCAAUGGACCCCUUAUGAUGUCAGAAGUUGAAAUGCAAAACAUGAUUGAGCUUAGAGAUCAAGUAUUCAGGAUAUGGGGACUUCUGCAAUCCUCUAAUGAUUUUGAUCCAGAUCUAUUACUACCUAUACUGCAGGUUCUCCAACAACCUGAGGCACGCAGACUUGGGGAGCGUGUUAUGGGUGGGAUCACUCAACGUCUUGCAGCACGCUUUUUGCAGCAAGUACUUCGAGUGCCAACAGCAGCUUCUACGUAGAUUGUGCAUCUGUCAACAGAUGUAGUGUAGAUAAGUUGAAGCCAUGCCAAGGUGUUCAACAAUCAUAUAUUCCACUUCCUCUGCUUACUAAUAACAUUGGUCCUAUAUUCCAGUCACAAGUGAUUUUGCAAUCUAGAGUUAUUCUCAAGGGAGACCAACGUAUUCCUCAAGUUUUGGUACGCUGGGAAGGCAUUGGUGCAGAACAUGUUACUUGGGAGGAACUUAUCUAUAUGCAACAAGCUUAUCCUGACUUCAACCUUGAGGGCAAGGUUGAUUUUAAUGGGGUGGUAAUGUCACGAGUGGAAAUAGCACAAGGACAAAUUAGAAAAGGGACAUGGAGGAGAAUAAUUCUAUUAGGGAGAAUGAACAGGUGUCAAGUGAUCCUAUGAUUGUGGGCAACUGAAAAAGUGCAAGGAUGAGGAUGGUCAAUUCACAUAGGGAUUAUAUGUGAGGUAGCAAUUAAUUAUAUAGUAGUAUUUGAGAGGAGAGAGGGCUAUGGGUAUUGUUGCAUUUUGUUUCUCCUCUCUAUUGUCUCAGUAGUUGCUAUUGUUGCAUAGUAACUUUCUUUAUUAUAAUAGAUCCAUUAAUACAAUAAUACAUACAGAGGUUUAUCCACACAAUCCAUUUGUUCAAUAUUUCAAUUUUUAUUUGAUCUUCCCUCGUUAUAGCAGGUUGGCUGUAUACUAGCCCCUUGACUAGUCACGAGCAACAUUGCAAUGCCAGUAUCACUGUAUCACCACCUACGAUGCUCAAUUGCAACUGAGAAACAUGUUAGAAGAUUAUGAUACCAAUUGAUAAGAACUUUAGGAGAGCUAUACCACAAAAGCUAGUUGAUGUAGUUGGAGAGUUCAAAACUUUAUAAACUCCAUGUUAGAAUCUUAUACUUUUAACUCAGGACUCAGGUCCCAUUAUUAAUUAUGAAAAAAUUAUUUAAAAAUUCUAUGAGAAGUGCUACAAUUUAGAAACAAUAAAAUAUUUCGCAUAAUAUAUGAUUUGCAACUGAAAUUGAAUUCAUAACUAACAUCAUUCUGGACAAAUUUCACAGAAGAAUUCAAUUUUCAAAAUGAAAUGAGUUAUAUUCUAGGGAUUGCGAGCAGAAGAUAUUUGAAAAUAAAUAUUUAAAGCUUAUAAUAUUCUAGUUAGUAAGUCUUAAACUGCAAUCUAUUGUCAAAAAAAAUUGGUAAACUACGGGUAAAUUAGUUUUAUGAUAGUCAAGGUUUGUUUAGAUCUCAAUAGUGGUUUCCUCCUCAUAAUUUGCAUUGCCACUUUAGUUCAUUCUCAUUGAUUGACUUGAAACUAUAUGCCAUACCAUGGAUCUACCCUUCCUACAUGGCUAAUUCUAAUAUCUGUUUCGUUUUUGUCGGGUUAUUGUGAACAGGGAAUACCAGAUUUACAUUCCUAACACAGGAGAUAAAAAACAUAAGGAGUUAAUUGUCCAAAAUUGUUUCGUUAUCUUGUUCCUUUUGGAUCCUCUAAUUUGCAAGGGACUGUAUAUAUACUCUUGUAUUAUUGAUGCUGCAAGCAUCAUGAUCAGCAUAAUCAGAAUAAUAUAUUUGUGUCAAUUGGAAAAGCAUUGCUCAUGCUGAUCUUGCUGUUUCUUUCUUUUUGACAUGCACAUAGUUUCUCUUAUUUGGGUUAUACUAGCAUCAUAUGUUUGUUGCUAUUAUUUUGUAGAAGUGUAAAAAGUAACCACAAUUGCUUCAAUUACAUAGUUACGGAUAGACAGGCACAAUUUAAAUAAGUUCUUGUACGAAAAUAAAAUAAAUGAUUUUUUUAUAAGUUAAAAUUAACUAAUGAACUUCAUUUUAGAGGUUUUAAUUUUUAAACGAGAAUGUCUUUUAAACAGAAUACUAUAAGUUCAUUUUGAUUAAUGAAAGAAUUUAUUUUAUUUUAUUUUGUCUUAAUUCAUAUUAAGUCUUAGAAUAUGUUUGGAAAGGUUUAUGUAUAGCUUAUAGAUAAUUGCUAAUACGAUGACCACGUGGCCAUGGUAUGUUCUUUGCUGCACAUGGGCAUAGGCCGCGUGUCCUGUUGCCGGUUUGACACACUUUGUGCUCCUUAAUGGAGAGGGACACUGAUUCUGUGGCCCAUGUAUCUUUGGUUCCUCUGGUGUUCAUACUUUGGACUGUGUUGUGGAAGUGCCUCAUUUAAUUUUGUCUAGUGAUGCAACAAGAGUCACUCUUGAAGUCUUAUACAAUGAAUAAUUAGUUGUAUUUUAUAUACUUAUCUUCCUUAAGAUAUGGGUAACAUUUUACUUUUAGGAUUGGCUUCUAAUGCAAUAGGCAACUGCACAUCUUAUGCAAGUUUUGGUUUUGUAACGAUUCUUAACUAUACACAUCUUCCAACUUGCGUAGCUGUCAAUAUUAUAAUUAUAAAAAUUACUUAUUGUAAAUAGAAUUGGUUAUAUAAGUUAUGUUAUUCACUCAACAUUAGUAUUUUUAAUAGAUAUUUUUAUAAUUGCAUGUCAUUUAAAUCAAAUUAUCGAUAUUCUCAUUAAGUUUAUCAUUUAACACUUACAAAAUAAAUAAAGAACAUUUCUAACGUUGAAAAUUUAUCUACACGAAUUUAACUAAUAGGAACUUUAUUAUUUUCGUUUUCUCGUGUACUAAGAACCACCGAUGAAUAGCUUCAAUCAAAAAGUUAAUAAAUUUAUCAAGUUUUUGGUUCGUUUAAAACAAAAUCAUUUCAAUGGUUUUCGAAAAUUAUUCUUCUGAACGGAUAAAAAUUGUUGAAAUUAAUGUAAAUGAUGAAAAAUGUGUGAUUUCUAUAGGAAAAUUAGUGAAACCAUCAUAUGGGUAUAGUCCAUUCAAUCUAACAGCCACGAAUCAAUCCAAAAUCAAUACAGAAUUAGUUUUUUUUUUUUAAUCAAGCCAAAAAUAGUUUUUUUUUUUAACGAAUAAAGACCUAAUGUCAAAGUAUAAAAAUACAUAUGUGCACUAUGAUAUCUAACUUAUUCUUGAUUUUUACUUAGAUAUUAUAUAAUGAUUACUUUACACUUAAUAUUUAACUUAUUUCUUAAAUUUUUUAGAUUAUUACUUAAUAUGUGAUAUAAUACGAAAGUACAUGUCCAAUUAUACGGGUUACAAUUUAAAUACAGAAAAAUUAAUUAACCAGAAUCUUCACCAAUUUGAUUAUUGGUGGUUUCUUUAAGGAUUAUGGUGUUAUAUUGCAUGAUGGGCUGAACUUCGUUCAAUGUAAAAAUCACUUUGCUUUUACUGUGGUGAAUUCUAACAUCUUCCCCUU